CAUUACCGUAUUUAAUAUCCAGAUAGUCAAUAAUAUUAUCCAAAUUAACGCUUAACAGCGUUAAUAAACCUAAUUACACAGAAACAAACAGUUAUAGAUAGUGAAACAGUGCAUACAGACGUUUAAAGUGGUUAAAUUGCGAUAUCCUGGGCGCGGCGUUUGCGUGUGAUAUUUCCCAGAUUUAUUAACUUUAAUCAUGUCUGUGAGUGAAAAAGUAUCUUUAUCGGAUGCUUUAAGCAAUGUGGAUGUGCUGGAUGAGCUCACGCUCCCAGAUGAGCAGCCUUGCAUCGAAGCAGCGCCAUGCUCCAUCCUGUACCAGGCCAACUUUGACACAAACUUUGAGGACCGCAAUGGCUUCGUCACUGGCAUCGCCAAGUACAUUGAAGAAGCUACCGUUCAUGCCAACUUGAACGAGUUGUUAGAAGAGGGCAACGCCCACGCCGUGAUGCUAUACACGUGGCGUUGCUGCUCGCGCGCCAUCCCGCAGCCGCGAUCCAACGAGCAGCCCGACCGGGUCCAUAUCUACGAGCGGACUGUGCAAGUGCUAGCGCCUGAGGUCGACAAGCUACUGCAGUUUAUGUACUUCCAGCGCAAAGCAAUCGAGCGUUUCUGCGGCGAGGUCCGCCGGCUGUGCCACGCGGAGAAACGGCGCGACUUCGUGUCCGAGGCGUACCUGCUCACGCUGGGCAAGUUUGUGAACAUGUUCGCCGUGCUCGACGAACUCAAGAACAUGAAGAGCUCCGUCAAGAACGACUACUCGACCUAUAGGAGAGCCGCCCAGUUCCUAAAGGUGAUGUCAGACAGCCAGAGCCUGCAGGAAUCUCAAAACCUGUCCAUGUUCCUGGCCACACAGAACAAGAUCCGAGACACCGUCAAAGAUGCCUUGGAAAAGAUCACUGGCUACGAGGACCUGCUGGCCGAUGUAGUCAACAUCUGUGUACACAUGUUCGAGACCAAGAUGUACCUGACACCGUCGGAGAAACACAUGCUGGUCAAGGUGAUGGGCUUCGGUCUGUUCCUGAUGGAUUCAGACGCUUGCAACAUCAACCGCCUGGACCAGAAGAAAAAGAUCCGCCUCGAUCGCAUCGAUAGGAUCUUCAAGAAUUUGGAGGUGGUGCCGCUCUUCGGAGACAUGCAGAUAGCGCCGUUCAACUACAUCAAGCGCUCCAAGCAUUACGACCCAAGCAAGUGGCCGCUGUCUUCCAGCCCCAACCCGCCGUCGCCGCAGGCUGACCUGAUGGUCCACCUGCCGCAGAUCCGCGAGGAACACCAGAACUACAUCUCGGAGCUGGCUCGCUACAGCAACGAAGUGACAACGACGUUCAAAGAGGCGGGCUCUGACGCGGAAAACAAGGCGGUGACCGAGCUCUGCCUCCGCGGCCUGCAACUCCUGUCCUCCUGGUGUUCAGUCCUCACCGAGCUGUGCUCGUGGAAGCUGCUGCAUCCUACCGACCACGCCAGUAACCCUCGCUGUCCUCCCGACGCUGAGGAGUAUGAGCGGGCGACCCGUUACAAUUACACUUCAGAAGAGAAGUUCGCGAUGAUCGAAGUGAUUGCCAUGAUCAAAGGUCUGCAGGUGCUCAUGGCAAGGAUGGAGACAGUCUUCGCUGACGCAGCCAGGCGAUCCAUAUACGCUGAGCUACAAGACUUCGUGCAACUCGUACUACGUGAGCCGCUUAGGAAAGCUAUCAAGAACAAAAAGGACCUUAUUCGGAGUAUAAUAGUAUCCGUGCGAGAGACCUGCGGGGAUUGGGCCCGCGGUUGCGAGCCGCAACAGGAUCCAGCGUUACGAGGAAAGAAGGAUUCUGAAGCUGGUUUCACCAUCAAAGUGCCCCGAAGGAACGUUGGCCCAUCAUCCACCCAGCUCUACAUGGUGCGCACUCAACUCGAAGCCCUGAUCUCCGACAAGUCUGGCGGCAGGCGAACUCUUCGCAAAGACCUGGAUGCCGCUACCCUGGCCCAGAUAGAAGCCUUCCACCGUCAGAGCUUCUACUGGAACUGUCUCCUCAACCUGUCAGACUCCUUACAAAAGUGCUGCGACCUGUCUCAGCUGUGGUACCGGGAAUUCUACCUGGAAAUGACCAUGGGAAGGAAAGUCAACAAAUGCAUGGUCCGCCACCAGCACAACGAGGAGUGCAACGACCUGAUCACCAUGGAAAAACGCAUCCAGUUCCCCAUCGAGAUGUCCAUGCCCUGGAUCCUGACCGACCACGUGCUGCGGAGCAAGGAACCGGCCAUGAUGGAAUACGUACUGUACCCGCUCGAUCUCUACAACGACUCGGCCCAAUACGCGCUGACGGUGUUCAAGAAGCAGUUCUUAUACGACGAAGUAGAGGCGGAAGUAAACUUGUGCUUCGACCAGUUUGUCUACAAGCUGUCUGAGCAAGUUUACGCUCACUACAAACAACUUGCUGCCAGUAUGCUGCUGGACAAGCGUUACCGCGCGGAGUGCAUGGCGCGCGGCGCGCCCGCCGGCCCCGCGGCCGGCCGCUACGCCUCCCUGCUGCGGCAGCGUCACGUGGCGCUUCUCGGACGCCACGUCGCGCUCAGCGCCCUGGUGGCUCAGCGGAUCAACGCGGACAUGCACCGGGCCCUGGAUGCUGCGGUAGCCAAGUUCGAAGCCGGAGACAUCACAGGGGUCGUGGAACUGGAAGGGCUGAUAUCCGUGAACCGUCUCUGCCACUCUCUCCUGAGCCGGUACCUGGCGCUCGACGACUUCUCGAGCAUUCUACGCGAGAGCGACCACGGCGUGCUCGCGCCAUACGGCCGCGUGACCCUUCACGUCUUCUGGGAGCUCAACUACGACCUCCUGCCCAACUAUUGCUACAACGCGGCCACCGACAGGUUCGUGAAGUGCCGCGGCAUCCAGUUCGCGGCGAACGUGCAGCGCGAGCGCCCGCAGCAGUACGGGCACGCGCUGCUGUGGGGCUCCAAGCAGCUCAGCCUGGCCUACUCCGCCCAGUACGCGCAAUACGCAGGUUUCGUGGGUACGCAGCACCUGCACGCGCUAGUCCGCCUACUAGGCUACCAGGGCGUGGCCGUGGUGGUGUCGGAACUCCUCGGCGUGGCCCGCGGCCUGCUGCACGGCUCCCUGGCGCAGUUCACGCGCGCGCUGCACGCCGCCAUGCCGCGCCACUGCAAGCUGCCCCGCUACGACUACGGAUCUAACGGUGUGCUGGGCUAUUACCACGCGCAGUUGACAGACAUUGUCCAAUACCCGGACGCUCGCACGGAACUCUUCCACGCGUUCCGCGAGCUCGGGAACAUCAUACUGUUCUGCAUGCUGGUUGAGCAGGCGCUGAGCCAGGAGGAGGUGACAGACCUGCUGCACGCGGCGCCCUUCCAGAACAUUCUGCCGAGACCCUUCACAGCCGAGGGUGAGAAACCGGAGACGAAACAGAAGCGCCUGGAGGCCAAAUACGCAGCUCUGCAGAUAGUGCAGAAUGUCGACAAGUACGGCACUGCCAAGCAAAGCCAGCUAGCCCGCGAAGGCGACCUGCUGACCCGCGAGCGUCUCUGCUGCGGGCUGUCGCUGUUCUCCGUGGUGCUGCGCCGCCUGCGCGCCUGCCUCGCCGCGCCCGCCUGGCCGCUGCCGCCCGCCGCGCCGCACGCCGCGCCGCUGCACGCCGACGACACCAACGAGUUCCACAGACUGUGGUCGGCUCUGCAAUUCCUGUACUGCAUUCCUGUCACCGACACCCAAUUCACCGUCGAGGAGCUGUUCGGCGAAGGCCUGCACUGGGCGGGCUGCACCAUCGUGGCCCUGCUGGGGCAGCAGCGGCGCUUCGAAGCGCUGGACUUCUGCUACCACAUCCUCCGGGUCCAGAGAGUCGACGGGAAGGAUGAGCUGGUCAAGGGCAUCCCCCUGAAGCGCAUGGUGGACCGCAUCCGUCGCUUCCAAGUGCUGAACUCUCAGAUCUUCGGCGUGCUCGCGCGCCACCUGGCGGCCGACGACGAGCGCGCCGGCGUCGAGCACGUGCGCUGCUUCCCGCCGCCCAGCGCGCCGCAACACGCCAACUAACGCCACUGUAGCUGAGGGCGCCAUCUAUCCAACCAACCAUGCUCCAACAUGGAGGAAUAAGUAAGGGAAGAGUUGUAACUGCAUACAUCAGUAAAUGCAAGUUAUUUGUAGUGACAUCUAGCGCCAUCCACGCGUUAACUAGCGUAAAU